AUUUCUUUCUUUUUCAUUUAUUUUAUCUUAAGCAAAAAAAAAAAAAAACCAUGAACUUUUCACCUUAUUCACCCUCACCUGACGAAGACAGAACUUCACGUUUGCCACCUAAAAAAACACAACAACAAGCUUUGUUUAGUUCUUACCAAGCAGGUAACCCACAGUCGUUUGCUGAGCAAGGUUUUGGAGCAGGAAGUAGUAGUAGCGGCAGUGCAGCUGGAAACCAGACAAUACGUGUUAACAAGUACGAGACAUCAUUGCCUAUUCGUGUUGACGUUGAAGCAGCUCUAGCUUAUGUUCUUGGUCCUGUAACAGGCUUAUUAUUAUUGAUACUCGAGAGACAAAACGAUUAUGUUCGAUUUCAUGCCUGGCAGUCUUCGCUUACAUUCUCAUCCUUAAUGUUUGCACAAUUUGUGCUAUUAUUCAUUUCAUCCUUCUUAUCUUGGGUUUUGUUCUUUUUCAACAUAUUUUUAAUGAUAUAUUUAACCUAUAGGGCAUAUUUAGAUGGUGUUUCACUAGAACGAUACGAGGUUCCUUAUUUCGGUAUCAUUGCCUCAGAAUACGUUGAUACUGAGUAGCCUAUACACUAUACAUACUAUAUAUUAUAUAAGUAACGCCUAUACCUCUCCCUUUUUCUUAAUUUCUAAAUCAUAAAAAAAAGA